AUGCAGGCCCUUCUAUUCCUGAUGGCACUUCUGUUAGCUUCUGGGGCUGGAGCUGAGGAGAUUAUUAAUGGUGUUGAGUAUAGACCACACUCCCAUCCUUACAUGGCCCAUCUGGAUAUCAGCACUGAGAGAAAUUACACAGUCAACAGUGGUGGGUUUCUCAUAGCCCCCCAAUUUGUGAUGACUGCUGCACCCUGUAGAGGAAGAGAAACUACUGUCACCCUUGGAGCACGUGAUGUGAACAAGACAGAAUCUACACAGCAGAAGAUAAAAGUUGAAAAACAAAUUACUGACCCAAAGUACAACUUCUCUUCCAAGCUCCAUGACAUCAUGUUACUGAAGCUUGAAGAGCAAGCUGAGUUGACUUCUCCUGUGGAUGUAGUUCCCCUGCCUGGUCACUCUGACCUUAUCAAGCCUGGGAAGAUGUGCCGGACAGCUGGCUGGGGCCUAACUGGAGUGGCAGAUCCUUCUUCAGAUACACUCAAGGAAGUGAAACUGAGAAUCAUGGAUAAAGAGGCCUGUAAAGAAUAUAGGCAUUAUGGCAAUAGCUUCCAGGUCUGCGUGGGCAGUCCUAGAAGAAAGAGAUCACCAUAUGAGGGAGACUCUGGGGAACCUCUACUGUGUGCUGGGGUGGCCCAUGCUAUUGUAUCUUACAGAAGUGAAGAUGCAAAGCCCCCUGCAGUCUUCACCCGAAUCUCCUCAUAUGUGCCCUGGAUUAAUAAAGUCAUAAAGAGAACGUAG